AUGGAGGCGAUAGCUCUCUGGGAUUUCGAUGCUACGCAAACAGACGAAAUGAGUUUAAGAAAAGGCGCUAAAUUAUGUGUCAUAAACACAGAAGAUGGUGGCUGGUACAAGGCUGUGAGUGGUCAACAGUCAGGGUUUAUACCUGCAACUUACAUCAGACUAGAACCUCACGA